UUUCAAUGAGGAAGAGACAGAUGAAGAAGAAGCAACAAAAUACAAGGAGGCUGCAGAGCUUGCAUUAAACAGCGAGUGUCAAAAACAAGUCUUAAAUUCCACACAAGCUUAGUCAGACUGUGGUUAUCUGCUGGCUCAGAAAAUCAUUCACAUCCGUGCGUCAUGUUAUUUGAAAAUGCCGUGCUAAUUUAUUGAUCCGAUGGUAAACAUCAUAAUAUUGUACGUGUUGAAAAAAGGUUAACAAACUGCAAACCAGAUCAGAGGUUGUGUUUUGAAGAGCGGAAAAAGAGAGCGUGAUCUCUGGCUUUUGUAGGGCAUAAACUGCAAGUAGUAUAUUGCGGGAGGCUAUACAAACUCGAAUCACGGUUGUCCUUGUAGGGCUUACCGGGUUUACAUUUUUAUUAUUAACAGUGCUUUGCAUCUAACCAACAAGCAGUGCAAACAUGUCUUCAAUUUCGUGUUACACGAUGGGAUAUAUGCAGAUUACAUUAUUGAUAGGAAUUAUAAGUCUCACUUUUGGUGUUGAGGUUCAUUUUGAAACGCCAGAUAGUGGAUUCUUUCUGAAGCAUUCUCCGCGACAAAGUGCUUUAGCAUCUGUGGUAUCGGCUGCAACAUCAAACUAUGGUAAAGUACGAUCAUCUAAUGGUGAUUCCGUAUUAUCGGUGGACCGAUUCACGGUAGUACAAACUACACAACCAGUAUCUGUUAGAGCUAGCUAUGGGCCGUUUUCUACAAAGCAAACAGUACCUGCCCGUUACAUCGUUCCAGACGUACUUGAAAGCACACAUGCUGAAGGAAGUUCCACACAUAAUACAACCGCCACAUUGAUGGAAUUACAACAACAGUCAAAUCUUCAGUUAGAUAUAUCCGCCCAUGUAGUACGAAACACUGUCGCACGUGAUUCACCUGUACUUCGCGUUUUGUUUCAUGCUGGUGCAGAUCCAGGCGGUCAUUUACAAAGACAGAAAAUUUGCGUACUGCUUCAUGCGUCGAUGGGUAACCAAAUUCCACUUAAAGGGAAGUGUAUGCCGGAAGGCGAAGAUGGCGUAUGUGUAGCAGAAGUAAUUAUACCAUCCAACUGGUGGCCACCUUUACCUCCUCCAGAAAGAGACGGACGUAUCUCCAGCACGCCACCCAAGAGCCCACAAAGAAUAGUACAAGUGUCUUAUAGUGUAUUCGAGCCUCCUGCACGAAGUCCAGAACUUUGUGAACCUAAAGUACAGAUUCAACCGUUGACACCUUUUGCAAAAAUUCCUCUUAUUCAAUCACAGUUACCAUACAAAGAACUACGCGCUGAUAAUACGCUUACUAUGAUGGUUCCUCAACAACCUCUGUAUCCACUGUCAAAAUUACACGUUCCAGUUUUUCUUCAUCCAGAGAAAGGUCAGAAUAUUGCUGUAUUUAUAGUAAGGGCGCGUGUCAAAGCAGGUAUGCGUAUUUUAGGGGCUGUAGCGUCGUCAGAUGAGUGGAACGUCUCGGUAGAAAAGGAAAACACGAAACACACUGUGGCUCGUGUUACUGCUUUUCGCAAAGACCAGGAUCCAGAUAGUCCAACUGGAGGAAGUCGAACAAAGGAUGUUUCUUCUAAUGAAGCUGUGUUAGAAGUAUUUUCAUGGCUACUUGAAGUUUCAAAUGAUACAAAGGAAUAUUGGGAUGGUGGGCGAAUCAUAUGGUCUGUUAGUUAUGUGAAUGAUGGGCCAAAACUGAAGACGGAUUUUACGACUGAAUCUUCUUCACAAACUAGUACCGUAUUCCAAGAAGAAGGUCGAAAAAAGAUUGUCGCAAAACUUGAAAUACUUAAAGACGAUAUCCAAGCCGUUUUACCAAUAGCAAAGAAUUGGGAGCUUAUGAACACGGCUGUUCUCACCGGAAGACAAGUGUCGCAAGCCAUGAAAGUAUUUAUAGUAUCACAGGCCGGAAAGAUGGCAGAUGUCACAUUACAAACUUCAUGUCAGACAGAAGACGAAAGUGUUAUGAAGGUAUCUUCCUCGUGUAGUUCAGUAUAUGUUGAUGGUUCAGAAGUCAGAGGUUCAUCUAAUGCCUCAAUAUUGGUGAAAUAUGGUACAUAUGCCGGAUUGGCUCGAUUUACAGUGUGGAUGCCCGAAUUUCCUUUAGAGGUAUCUGUCGCAGACUUUCGUUUAUCACAGAUCAAAGGAUGGAAAAUUCCAGACGAUCAUAGCACAGUGCACGCUAAACCCAUUCGUCGUAAAAAACGAGCAUAUAGCAACGGUGGUGUUUGGGCCCAUCAUGCCGAUGAUUUUAUAAAUGGUAUUUCUUCCGAACGCAGUGUUUGUCGUGCAAGAUAUCAGCAAAGUCCAGUGGAAGUAUUUGCGAGAUUCGUAGCGGUGGAUCAAGAUUCAGGGCGUGUUAGUUAUUUAAUAUCUCGCCGAACUGGCCUUCGAGUAACAGAUCUGGUACAAUCCCUGCUACGUGUAGCAGACCCAAAAAUUGCCACAUUAAGAGGGCGCACACUUCAAGGCCGUGCGAUGGGUCGCACUGAUGUUCAGGUGCUUUCUCCAAUAAAUGGGAGGGUCAUUGGGGCCAGAGAAGUGCGAGUUGGCAGUGACAAAGUGACCAUUACACGUUUAAUGGUUAAAGUUGUUUCCGGCUUGCAGUUGUCAAUAUCGGGCGAUGGUUCUAUUGAUAAUGGUUAUAUAGCAGAAACUACAGUGACGCGUAAAUUGACUGCACAAUAUCAAGAAGGACUAUUAGAUAUAGAAUUAGAAUUUUCUGAUGGUUCGAGGACCCCGCUGAGGGAUAUAUCAGUUGAUGAUUAUUUCCUGCUGGUCGAAAGUCUUGAUACCGAGGUAGUAGCAUUUGCGCCUAUGCUUGCAUCCCAUCACCCACGAGUGAUUGCAGUCGGAGAGGGUAAUGGAGAGUUAUUACGUGUUACUUUACUUCUUUCAGAAGAAUGUCGAUUACGUAAAAAUGUACCAGUUUCUAAGCAGGGAAUGAAAAUAUCUGUUGGUCCGUUGAUUAGCGCUCUUGCAUCCGUACACGUUGAUUUUAGUAGUUCGGAUAAGAAUAUAAAAUCAGAUGCAGUUCAAAAUGACGGCGCUAUCGGAAGAGACCGAACUAAAUCGGGAAAAGAAUUGAGUGAUCUAGAAGAUAUACUUAUUGGGAUCCCACUGAAAGAUAGCAAUGAUCACGAUUCUGCGCCUGUUGUGCAUUCUACCAGACAACAUCUCCGCGGCACUGGAGGUGGUGGCAUUAUUAGCGGCAACAGUGGAAUGGUCGGAGUAUUUUCGUCAAACAAAAGUUUGGUGCAUGGUGAUGCAUCUACGCUCGAAAUUGGCAUGUAUGUUGUAUUGAGUGCCUUUUGUUUGGCAAUUGCCAUAUUUGUGAUGUCAUGUGUAGUAUAUGCAUCGAAGUAUCGACCAGUUGUGAUAGAUGCUAAUGGUGAAGCUAGUGCCCGCGAUGGCAUGGGACAUUCAAGUGUGUUUGAUAUUGGCAAAGGCAACGAAUCUUGUGCAACUAAUGCACAUGAUUGGGUUUGGUUAGGUCGGGCAACUGUAGAUCGUUCAAAUACAGAUAAUAUUGCAGAGAGAGCUCCCCAAUAUAAAGAUUCCCGAAUGCAUAUUAUUAGCAAUCCGAUGAACUCAAAGUACGAUGAGGUGAUCGAACAUGCUUCGCAAAUAAAUAGUUUCGAUAACCCUAAUCAUAUUCAGUUGCCUUCAUCUGUGCCAUUCCAAAAUCGUGCAGUAAACGCAGUAAGCGAAACACCUGUUGCAUUAAUAGAUUCUGGCACCUAUAAAAAGCGUGUUCAUCAUAACCCUACCAUCAGUGAAGAUGCACCAUCACUUCCUCAACCUAGUUUUGCAACAACAGUUGUAGACCGUAUUGAGUACCGUCCACCAGUUCCACCACAUCGCAAUAUAGGAGUAACGGCUCAGUGUUCCAACAAGCAACUGCCAAUUGAUACUGCUGCUCAGUUAAAGGCUACAAAGCGUUAUCAUCAUCGUGCCCCAAGAAACAGCAGCAGCAUUCCAUUCAAUAGUGUGGAUAAUAUUUCCUCUAACAUUGCUCCUAGUUGUGGAAUACAGAUACACAAUGCUUCUGGAAUGCAAAAACGAAACAUAAACCACACUCAGCAUCAAAUCAAUGUAGCUCUGUUUAGCAAUGGGAAUUCUUCUCAAGCUAAACAAAACGAAUCAACUCAAAACAUUAUAGCUAGAAGAUCAAAUGGAUCACCGCAUUCGUUUGAAAAUAUGGGGUUUUCUAUAGUACCCGCUUCAAAUUCCAGUUAUUACCAAAAAGACGAAAGAAAUCAUCAACAACAUCGAACUUCAAAAGAUUUACAUAUGGCUGAACGCUUAGUAGAACAACCAAAUGCACAAAAAACUGCGUUUAAAUUUGACACUAUUAAUCAAUCUAAAAAACACCAUCAGCCCUUUGAUCGUCCUAAGCCGUCAGUAUUAUCCGAUGAAACUUAUGAUCAAAUUCAUCGAGGUUUAAAUCAGCAACAUGUAAAACAUACGUUAGAUCAAUCUCCUCUUGAUCUGAGUACCGAAUUCAAUCCAAUACAGAUUAAAGAGGAGUUCUGUCAAAAAACUAUUUCGGGAUCAUCAGAUGAUGAUGGUGGUUUUAGACUCAUAUUAGACCAAUCUUUAAGAGAUGAUAAUCAUAAAAGGGAAGCUACAGACUCAUCUUGUGCUGCUUUUGAGAUGGCAUCAUCGAGGAAAACUAAAAAAAAACCAACAGUGGUGGGGAAUCCUAUGUUUUCCACAACGCCAGACAGCGAACUAGGACCGGCAGAGAGUCUAGGAUUAGAUGAUCUAGAUAUGGAUUAUGAACAAAUUAUGCAUUACUUCGAUAAUCUAAAGGAAUCAAACGCCUGAGUGCAGGAGAUCAUUGCAAAGAUUCGCGAAAUAUUAGCAACAUUUCAACAACAGUACAGAAACGUUGCAAAAUCUCCGCUGUCUAGUCCAUCAAGUAUUGCCGUUAUAAAAAAUUCUAACUUAGAGCAAUUUUUUGAACAUUUGAGUGAGUCUUAUGCAUAAAAAAAUGACGAUAUUAUACGAUACGAUGACGAUAUUGAAUCAACGCAAAAUCUGCCUCAUAUCAUUGCAAAAAUAUGGUCGUGUUCACUCCUUUCAUAGGUACUGAAUGAUUCAAACACAAGUCGUUCGUUCAGGGUUAUGUUUUAUUUCAAAUGUUUUAAUUUUUAGGUGCCAUAGUGUAAUAGUUUUAAUUGAACUAAUUUUUAAUAAUUGUUUAAUGCUUUUUGUUUUAAAACGAGCUAGAAACAUACUUAACAACGUAUUACUUUAUUGCCAUCAAAUAGAAUCUCAAUUCAUAAUAACAUAUUAAGAUACGCUUACGUCAGUAAUGUGUAGUUAUAAUCAUCAUUGCAGAUUCAGUAUAAUUUUGUACAUUUCUGCUCAUUGCUCAGAACAUUUUUUUUUAAUAUCAGUACAAUUUGAACCACUGAUAAACAUGUUGGGUUAUAUUGUACUUGUCAAGCGGAUCUAUAAAAAAGCGAUUUUGCAGUGAUCAUAAAAUACAUAAGUGUAAUCGCAUAACCACACUUGGUAAUAUUGUUGAAGUCUAGCUUAAAUAUACAAAACCAUAACAAAAUAUUGCACCUGAUAUCAUGUGAGCUUACAAAGCAAAAUUCACGUAUUGAAUUGGAAAACAAAAAUAAUAAAUAAACCCAGUACUGACUACUAGAGUACAAUUCAAACGGUAUUUUUCAGUGAUACGUUUGCUGUACUUACAAAGAUAUGAAAUUCUUCAAGUCAUACGACUCAUGCAAAAUUCAUGUACCCAGUGCUUUAAUACGUGUAUGCUUUAGUCUUGUACAAAUGUAUUAAAGUGGAAGCGUAAGUGGAAUAGAGGAAUUACUUGAUAAUGUAAAGCUGUUUUACGCUCCGAAAAAAAACAAUUAAAAACAUAUAACAUUCAUGCAUAAGUAACAUUACCACAAAUCCGUAAUUCUGUCGUAACUCAAGAUGAAUGUGGCUAAUAUACAGCCUAUAUUUUGGCGCCUAAUUUGUUUAUCAAACUAGAAUUUAGAAUCCAUUACAACUGCUGCAAUGAUUUGAUAAAUGGUGGAACUAUAACUUUUUAUUACAAGGCCAUUUAACACAACUGCAUUCUAGUCAGCAAAUGCACUUUGCAAAGAACGAAGAGAAAAAAAUAAUUUUACUCAUAUUUGUGAAAAAAAUAAUUCUAACAUGCAUAUAACAACAUAAGUC